AGCGGAUAAGAACGACCACCCACCCACCCACUUUCACAACAUUUUCUCCUACAAGUACCCUCUCUGUUCUUCGCCGCCUUCACACUCACCACCCCCACCCCAUCUUCACGACUCUUUACAAUUUAUCAAACUGGCGAUCGAUCACCCAGAAAACACCACUGUCCGCGAAAUCAAACCCAAAAACCGCCGGAUUAUGGGUGCGGGAGGACCUGAUGAUGAAGAACAAAAGUGGCCGCUGUGGUUGAAGCCUAUGCUUAGAGAAAAGUUCUUUGUUCAAUGUAAAUUACACGCCGAUUCGCACAAGUCGGAAUGCAAUAUGUACUGUUUAGAUUGCACCAAUGGUGCUCUCUGUUCACUCUGUCUCAAUCAACACAAGGAUCAUCGCGCCAUUCAGAUACGGAGGUCAUCAUAUCACGACGUGAUUAGAGUAUCCGAGAUUCAGAAAUACUUGGACAUCAGUUCGGUUCAAACUUACGUUAUCAACAGCGCAAAGGUUGUGUUCUUGAACGAACGCCCGCAGCCCAGGCCUGGCAAAGGGGUUACGAAAACCUGCGAAGUUUGCGACCGAAGCCUUCUUGAUUCUUUCCGAUUCUGCUCACUUGGUUGUCAGAUCGUUGGGACGUCAAAGAAUUUCGAGAAGAAAAAACAUUUAACCUUGGCUAUCUCCGAUUCCGAGGAUUCAUACAGCAGCAACAGCCGCAACAGUCGGAAAAACAACAACAUUCGGGUCAACAGCUUCACUCCGUCAACGCCGCCGCCAACCGCAGGCAGCUUCAGGACGGCGAAGAGGAGAAAGGGGAUACCUCAUAGAGCCCCAAUGGGUGGACUUGUUAUAGAAUAUUGAAUCAGUCAGUCAACCCCCUCUUCUUUUACUUAAUUACACAAAGGUCCCUCAUUAUACAACACCAGUGCUUUUUACAAAGGCCUGUGUUUGUACAAAGAAGUUAAUACUUUGAUAGUACAUUAGUAAUAGUGUUGAAAAUUUAAAAUAGAAGGGCCACAAAAUGUAAAAAAAUAAGACAAUGUGGCGAAUGUGUACAAGUUUAUAUAGUUUUGCUUGUAGGAAAGUAUAGAAAUAAAUGGGUUAUAUUUGUCAAGAAUGUAAUUAUGUUUUGUUUGACAAUACAAACAAUUAUGGUUGUGUUUAAAUAUUUAUAGCAUGAUUGUAUGAUUAAGUGUA